AAAAAAAGCUUCAACGUUCUCACGUUAGGAAAUGACGCCACCUUGAGAACCCACAUACGUCUUUAUCGUGACGUGGCCGUACGAGUAGGAAGCGUGUGCGUUCUUGAAAUUAAAAUCAUUGCGAGGAUGGUGACUGACGUGCAACUGGCAAUCUUCGCCAACAUGCUGGGAGUCUCCCUGUUUCUCCUGGUCGUGCUCUACCACUAUGUGUCUAUCAACAAUCCAAAGAAACUGGAGUGAUGGAUGUUGUUCUGAAAGGUUGCAGUUUGGGACCAUUUCUUACUAGCUGACAAAACUGAGAUUGCCAUAAUGGACACUAGACAUUGCUAAUAUUUCUGUACAUAAGUGCAUGUUCUUUUUGGAGGAAAUGUUAAUAAAAUGUAGCUGAAUUUGUAAAAAAA